CAUGCACACAACUCAGUGACACCACACCUGACUUCACCUGCUGUUGAUUAGUCGAGUCAGGUGUGGUAGUUUAGCGUUUGACACACGAGCAACUUCAGGACUGAUGUUGAAAAUCAGCGUGGACCAAACAGGAGCUGGAUGAGAUGGAAAUGGAGGACGGCACGCAGUAUGAGUUGGAGAGACAGUUCCCCUACAGCCCUCAGGCAGACUUUUUCUUCAGCAUGACCCACGAGGAGAGAAUAGAUGCUGACAGAAGAUCUAUCUAUGUGGGGAAUGUUGAUUAUGGAGCGACUGCGGACGAACUGGAGAUGUACUUCAACAGUUGUGGCCAUAUUAACAGAGUAACAAUCCCGUAUAAUAGAUUCACAGGCCAUCCAAAAGGCUUUGCCUACAUCGAGUUCUCAGACAGGGACUCUGUGCGGACAGCCAUGGCUUUAGAUGAAACGCUUUUCAGAGGACGCCUUAUUAAGGUGCUACCAAAAAGAACCAACGUCCCAGGUUUCAGGACUACAGACAGGUACUUGCGAGGAGGCUGGACCAGAGGACGUGGUUACCGGCCCUCGAGACUUUACAGCCCGCUCAGAGGCUGCAACUUAAUUAGGGAAAAUGGAGGAGCCCAUCCUUGGAUUGAUUCUUUUUGAUAUUAAAAUUUCAUUUUUUCCCCCAUUAUCUUCAGAGCACUUCUUCGUGCUGUUUGUUUUGUUUAUAUUUUGAUCACGUUCAGUAUGAUACUGCAAA